GCAAGUAUUACGCAUCCUUAGUCCCUUUGUGCCUGUUUAUGGGUACAUAACUGACUGUCACCCAACUUUGCGACCUUGAAUCGUGACGACCUCUCUGGGAAUUCUAAGCUUCAGCUCGUAUUCACUUACAAAAUCGACAAGUAGUGAUGUGAAUAGUCUACUUCAUAUUUCCUUGCCGGCACAGGCCCGUCUACCCAGUCCUGCCAUUGAACUCUCAUAAAAGGAGACAGCUCCUUUCUUCAACUCUCUUCCUCAAACUUCUCUAUUCCAUCACAGAAUCCCAGAUUACACAUUGGCUAACAAAAACCAGACAUCGAGUUCAGCCCCUUCUCAGCAUUACCCAAACACAAAGGAGCAUCACACACCCUCGAAAGCCUACAAAUACCACAAACCAACUACGUCAGACUACCAUCUAGACACCACACGACCCCAAAGUUCUUCCACCACACACCAUGGCUUCUUCCCUAACCAUCCUGGAAGUUAAUCUCGCCAUAGCGGAUCUCGACCAAAUUGAGAUCUGCCAGCUUAAGGACGCUCUGAGCCAAGCUGAAGAUAUUAUCAGUCGCCUUGAGGAGCUAAAGGAUGUCGACCAGACGCAGAUAGUUCAGCUACAGGUCCAUAUCGACGAGCUGGGGAAGACGAUCAAGGCCUUACAAGAGGAGAACAGUCGUCUCCAGAAGCAGAACCAACACAUUCUUGGCAGUACCCGAGAGCCCCGCCAGCCAGCUCAGGGGCCCUCUUCCCAUCAUCAAUUCGACAUCAGCCGUACGAAUGUGUUGGCCAUGGCCUCAGAGUCCGCCUCAGCAUCGCCUGACGAGGAUGUCGCUGUCUAUCUGGAAGACUCGAAUAUGGAUGACGCCGUUAAGGAUGGCUACCUCUCUGUCUCUGACAGCGGAUUCGAAGAUGUUAGCUCCGAGACCGGUUCCGAUUCUAUCUGAAGUUCUCCAUCAAAAGGGGUUCAAAAGCAAAGUAGUAAUCCAGUUUGGACACUCAAGUCAAGUUUCUUUGGGACAUCAUCAGGAAUAGUCGCCGGACGGACGCGAGUAUGGACGUCUAAGUGCCACAUAGAAUCCUAAAGAGGAAAAGUAAGGGGAUAUGCCGCUCAAGUAUACUCCAAGAGUUGAAUGAGAACUCACAGUUUCGUAAAGUCGACGAAAAUUUCCUUCCAAGGCUCAGAAUUGCAGAUAGUUUCCGGGAGUAAUAGACAUUACUAUGCUUAGUACAGGAUCAUUUACGUCUUCUUCUUAAGAAAAGUUUACUAGUUCUUGAAUAGUAACCCGACUUUCGAAACACUCCGUAUUGAGAAAGAUCCACCAUAACCAACGACCUUCAAUCAUGCAGCGAAUACCAGACCACUUCCGGGGCAAAUAUCACCUUCCAGGUUGAUAUUCCGUCUUCCGCCC